AAGCGUUUGCAGCCGAAGUGUGAAGCACAGGUAGGCUUGGAAACCGGGGAGGAGGCGGCGGGCGGUCCCUCCCUUGACAUUUAUCAAAGAAAGUUAUAGGUGGCUGUUUGACUGAGAGGCAUCAGGGAAGUGUUGAGAUUUCGCCUACGUCACUCGGGAAAUUCCCUGACGGUAACGGGUAAGCGGACGAUCCUAGCUGCCGGACCCAGGCGAGCGGCGCUCAGACACGGUACAGAAAUACCUCCAGACGAGACGGAGACUGCAGCCUGCACGAGAAGCAGCUCCGCAGACGCGACCCUCCCUCGGGCAGAAUCUCAGCGGGGGGAGGUCCCACCAUGGCUGGUGGUCAUGAGCCAUAUAUUGAAAUAUGUGAGCAACCUAGACAGAGAGGGAUGCGUUUUCGGUACAAAUGUGAAGGAAGAUCAGCAGGCAGCAUUCCAGGUGAACACAGUACUGAUAUCAACCGGACUUUCCCAUCUAUACAGAUCCUGAACCACUUUGGGAAAGUAAAAAUCAGAAUAACAUUGGUAACUAAGAAUGAACCCUACAGGCCGCAUCCUCACCAGUUGGUUGGAAAGGACUGUGAAAAUGGUUACUAUGAAGCUGAAUUUGGGCCAGAGCGCAGAGUUCUGAUUUUUCAGAACCUGGGCAUUCAAUGUGUGAAAAAGAGAGAACUCAAGGAAUCCAUCAUCUCACGAAUCACUAAGAAGAUCAAUCCAUUCAAUGUAUCUGAAGAACAGCUGUUGGCAGUCGAAGAAUAUGACCUCAAUGUGGUAAGACUCUGUUUCCAAGCAUUCAUCUCUGAUGAACAUGGCAACUGCACACGAUCCAUAUGCCCAGUCGUCUCCAACCCCAUUUAUGAUAACCGUGCUCCCAAUUCAGCUGAAUUGAGAAUCUGCCGUGUGAACAAGAACUGUGGAACAGUGAAAGGAGGAGAUGAAAUUUUCCUCUUGUGUGACAAAGUUCAGAAAGAUGAUAUAGAAGUGAGAUUUGUUAUGAAUGACUGGGAAGCCAAGGGGAUUUUUUCACAAGCUGAUGUUCAUCGUCAAGUAGCAAUUGUCUUCAAGACCCCCCCAUUUUACAAAGAUAUCACAGAUCCUGUGACUGUGAAGAUGCAAUUGCGGAGGCCCUCAGAUCAGGAAGUCAGUGACCCAAUGGACUUUAGAUAUUUACCAGAGGAAAAAGAUCCUUAUGGUCAUAAGGCAAAAAGACAGAGGUCGCCAAUGGCUUUACAAAAGCUUAUUCAAGAUUCUGGUCCGUAUGAGAGGUCUAAUGCUGCUCUAUUCCAGACUGCUACAAGUGAAGGAAAAUUCAUUAAGAAAGAACCAAAUAUAUAUUGCUCACAGAUUGAAACAGCCAUGCCAUUGCAGAAAACAUCUGCAAGCAUCCCUUCAUUGCAGCCAUAUUAUUCCUCUCCUUUAAACCACCUAAGUUCCAAUGGCCAUCCUGCCCCACCUUUCCAAAUGACAGAGCCUAUUAAGCAAGAUGGGGUUCUACCAUCUUGCUGGCAUUCCUCUGCUUCAUCCCUAAGUGUUUUGCUGCAACAGAGAAACUUGGGUGAUGUGUUGCAUCCUACAAUGCAGAAUGGUGGUUCUCCAUGUCUUGGACAGGAAAAGAGUCUGAACUGGGCCAAUCAGAAAGAGGGGAACAUUUACCGAGGGUUCCUUGGAACAAUGAAUGAUCAUGAGUCAACACUGUCAUCAUCAUCACCAUCAUCAUCAUCAGUGUCUCAGCAAGAUAUGCAGAAUAUCUCCAGCAUUGUUGACAGCCAGUCUGUUCAUCCAUUAAAUGCUGCAGUGCCCAAUGGCAUUGGCAUGGAGAUGGAAGACUCCAGAUGCUCAGAUGUAAACUUGGAAAAGUCAUCUUUUGCUCAAGUUUUAAAUCCAAGCAACCAUAGGAAGAAAGUCCAACCACUGCUUCCUCCUACCAUGUUAGCAGUAGCUACUUCUAGCUCAUCUUUGACCUCUAUGUCCAAUAUGUUUGAGACACCAACUUUUAAUUAUCUGGCUAGCCUUAAUGAAUCAGGAUUGCCCAACAACCGAAACACCAUAAAUAUGUCCAACUUUGAUACUUACAGCACCCAAGAUGAUGAGUUCCUGAAUUCCAUUGGAAGCAAUUUUGAUAGCAUACUUUAAACAUAAAGUUUAACUGAAGCAGAUUAUUGCUCAAGUA